AUGGCGACCGAGGCCGCAAUUCUUCAACCGGAGGUGACGGCUCCGAGUGUCAAACCCCAAGAGAUUUCAUUCACGUUGCCCAAAGCUUUGCAUACAACAGCCCAUGUCCACCUAAACUUCCUGGGUCAUUGUGCUAUGGUAUUUCUGGCUACUUCAAGUCCUGUCGACUCUGGCGGUUCAAUUAAGCCGAUGGGGAGUUUCGUCUAUGCGAUGCCCGAUCGCACAUCAUCCAAAUCAACAAUAGCAACAACACUUUACACAUCAGCGCCUAGCAUCGAGUACACAUCCCGCAUAGCCAAAAUUCUGGCCAGGCGGUUCUCCAUCCCUGUCUAUGUUGGGUGCAGUAUCGACCCACAUGGUCUGGGCCUGGAGGUGGCAGAGGAAAUGGAGGGGCUGACCAAAAUCAUCAACGUCAUCAUGGAGAAAUGGGAAGAGCACAAGAAGGAGAAGCCUACUGAAUAG